ACUACAACAGCCAGCAGCAGCAAAACAAAAUAAAAGCCUAAAUAAGUAAAUAACUUAAACAUAUAAACAUAAACUGAAUAAACAACAAACAUACAUGCAUACAUAAAUGUAUAUGUAGCUAGCGUUCCUGUACUCAAAUCAUUCCUACAAUAAAAACAAAAACAAAACAUAACAACAACAACAGCAGAAGCAGCAACAUUGCAAGUAGAAGAACCUCAACAACAGCAACAGCAGCAGCAAUAACAGCCCUGUUAAUGUACAUACAUAUAAACAUACAUAUACAUGCAUAGUAAAUAACAUAUGUAAAGUGUGGUUAGAUAAAUUCGCAUAAUAUCAAAAAUGCCAAUUAAAUGUAAUCAAAUUGUUUUGUGUAUGUAAAUGUGUCAAAUAAAUUAUAGCAUAUUUUAUCAUAAUAAAUAAAUACUAACGCAAUUCCUAAACAAAUUCUAACUAUAAUAGAAAUUUAAACUUAAUUAUAAAACAUAGAAAAUCCAACACAAAGAAAAAACAACAGAUGCAGCAGCAUAACAAAAAUAAUAAGAAUAAUUAACAAACAAAAAAAGGGCACGUUUUGUUGAUCGCCAUUGGUGUUGCCGUGUGUUUGGUCUGUGGCAGCGUGCUGGUGACUGUCAUUACACUGCGACGCUCAACGGCAACGGCAGCAGCGGCAUCAGCAGCUGCAACAACAACAACGCGCAGCAUACGCCACAAGCAACAACAACAACAACAACAGCAGCAAGGCUCGUCGCAGCGACGACGCAGCGGCAGGAGCAACAACAACAACAACAAUAGUGUUGGUGGUUGGAGUGGAAGUCGGAGUGGAAGUGGACGUGGACGUGGAAGUGGAAGUGGCACUGCCGUUGCUCUGGCCCUGCCACUAACGCUGACAACAACAACAACACAAGCGGAUCAGGCAGCAACAACACCAACAGCAGCAACAGCAACAACAGCGCCAGCGACAGCAGCAACAACAACAACACUUUUGUCAACCGAGCCGGAACAUUCUGUACCCAUGCUAUCGGUACAGACGGCCGGCUGCGCGGGAAUGGAGCGGCUUGGCGUUCCGACCCGCACAUCAUUAAGCACACCACCCGAUGAUAGGGAUCAAUUUAGAUGUAGAAUGCGCGUUGAUGCGCUCCAAGCACGUGAGCUUUUGGCCGUACGUAGUGAAACUGUGAUUCGCAACAACAGCAGCAGUAACAAUCAGCAACAGCAGCAACAACAUCACAACAACAAGCAACAACAUUCCCACCAUCAGCAGCAGCAGCAGCAACAUCAGCAACAGCAACAUUAUCUGUACCAUCAGCAGCAGCAGCAACAACAACAACAACAACGCAUGACAACUCCGCCUCCGCAUCAAACAUGCCUGCCACUUGGCAGUGCAACAAAUCACAAUAACAACUACAGCAACAACAACAGCAGCAGCAGUAGCAGCAGCAGCAACAACACGCAUAGUAUUAACAAUUUAAGUGGCAGCAAUGUGGCACGUGGUGGCAUUGAGGCAACCACCUUAAAGUACGGCAACACGGGCAGCGGGAGCUACAAAGGCGGCAAUCCGAGCAACUCCUCCUGCACCUCAUCAAUGUCAUCCAUGUCGUGCAGCUCAUUGAACAGCCACAGCAAUGAUCACCAUCAACAUUACCAAUAUCAGCUGCAGCAACAGCAGACGCCACGUUGCCCACAUCAUGUACCACUGCCGGACAGCGAGUACGGACAGGAUCGUCAUCUGCAAAUACGCAGCAGCUAUCAGCAAUCGGAAAUCACACGCUCCUACACAAAGCCGCCGCCCAAUAAAACCGUACGUGAUGUGCCCGAACAGAUUGCCUUCGCCAACUGCAAUUAUCGCCUGACAACGGCGAAUAGUUGCGCCACCUUGGCCGCUGGCGUUGCCUCCUCCUCCUCCGCCUCCGCCUCGACAUAUGCGCUGGCCAUAACGCAUGGACAGACGGCAGCAACUAAAUCAAAACCGAAUGCCAUAACAAAGUUCUUCUCACGCAUCAGUUCGCCAAAAUCGCCAACGUCGCUGGCGACGGCAGCAACAGGAGCAGGAGUUGCAACAGCAACAACUGGCGGCUCAUCACUUGCCUCAUCUGCCUCAAUGUCCUCGUCGGCAUCCUCGUUGGCCUCAUCUGCAGGGAUUCCCUCCUGUGUGUCGGCUUCCUCAUCUGCCUCGUCGCUGGCAGCGGCGCCACUAACUGCAUUGCCCAUAUCCAAUGCAGCGACACUUAAAAGCACCGCCUGCAGCUUUGGCAGCACCACAACAACAGCAGCAGCAGCAGGAACAUCGGGGAGUCUGACUCAGGAUCAGGAACAAGACGAGACGCAAUAAUUCCAACUCUAGCAUGAUGAGCGUUUAAGCAGAUUCCAUGAGAAUCUGUGCAACAAAUUCGCGCUGGCACGAAAAGACUGUUUAUUAGUCAGAAUUUAAUAUGUAAACAAGUUAAAAUGAUGAGAGCAGACAACAUAUAUACAAAUAUCUGCUGUAAAGCUGCUACUAUAACUCACACCCACACACACACACACACUACACUCUAAUCACAACACACACCAAGAGAGAGAAACACACACAUACAACAUACAAUUUAGUUUUGUACUAGCCCACAGAAGGAGAUCAUUUCCAUUGUCUCAUGCAAAAUGCAAAAGAAAAACAAAAACAAACACAAAAAAUGAAUUAUAUUUAUAGAUAGAGACAGAGCGUACAUAUAUGUAUAGUACAGUGCAGUACAUUAUGUAUUUUAUAGUUUGAAUAUAUAACUAUAGUUUUAAUUACAAAUCUAUAUCUAUACUCUAUCCCCACCACCACCAAAACAACCAAGCAAACAACCAAUCAAUCAAUCAAUCAACCAAAACUUUUAACUUUCAUUGAAAACGAAACUUAUUAAUAUUAUUAUUAUUUUUAUUUGUAUGAUGGCUGGAACACAGAAAUUCUUUUAGUUCAAUUAAAUUUAAUUAUAUAUAUAUAUAUAUAUAUAUAUAUUAAUAUUAUUAUUAUAUACUUGUAUUUUAUGAAAGGAAUUAUUAUCAUGUAAACGUUGUAAAUAUUUUUAAACGAAAUGAAACAAAUGAAUGAAUGUAAUGCAAAAAGUGUUAGCAAAAUUUUUGAAUUAGAAUUUGAUUUUGAAUUGAUUCCCCCAAUUUGCCGUAUUAUGUGUUCAAGCAUUUUACAAUGCCUCCCACCCCCGCCCCUAAAGCCGGAACCACCCCUUAAGUAAUCAACACACACACCUGCACAUGUGAGGGGGUGUCGAAGUUUGGGGGGGUUGAUGUGGGUGUGGUUGAUCGUCAGAAUGAAGUGCAGGUGUAAAUUUUAUUAUUUAGUUUAGCCGAAAUAGCGCAAAUAAAUUGAUAAUAAAAUUAACGCUAUGCUAUGUAUAUAAAGGCAUACAUAAGUUAAUAAUACAUAUUGUAAUAAUAAAUAUAUAUUAUAUAUCAUAUAUUGAUGUAUGUACAUAUAUUAUAUGGAUUGUACACAGCAAUGUAAAUUCUAAGCACAAAUCUCAAAA